AUGGUGACCGCCGGGGUGGUGGAUAUCGACCCCGAGAUACGGGCGGCGCGGGCUGCUCAGCGCGCGAGGUGGCGGCGCGAGCAGGGCCUUCCCCCCGACGACCCCGAACCGACGACCGUCGGCGACCCCGCCGACGACCUCGCAUCCGAACCCACGGACUGGGAAGACCUGGGCGAUGCGCCGGAGACGUCCGGCGCGGCGGACGCUCGCGACGUCGCCGAGGCCGUGGAGCGCGCCAUCGAGGAGCGCGAAAGGCGCCGACGUAACGGCGUGCUGUUCCACACCGCGCUGGGAGCGGGCAUCCUCGGGCACACGCUCGUCGGCGCGACGCGUUCCAUCGGACGCGCGCUCCAGCGCUGGGGAAGCGGCGAGCACGCGGGCGCUCGCGAGCGCCUCAUCGCGGGUCCGCCCGAGGAGCGCGCGAGACGCGCGCAGAUGCGACGCGACGAGGCGCUCGCGAGGCGGUUGCAGCGCGAGGAACGCGCGGCGGCCGGGAUGCGACCCGACCACGACCCUCCCGAGCAGGGAGACGGCGGAGAAGACCGGGGCGCCCUCGACGACGACGAAGACGAAGCGGCUGGAUUCGACUGGGCGUCGGGCACCGUGAGCGACUUCUUGGUCCACGAGUGGCGAACGCCGUUCGGUAACUUCAGGUUCGCGGUCAACAGAGGCGGCGACGGCGACGGGGGCGCCCAGCCCCGGCUGAGAACCACGCAGGGCGACGACGCCGAGGCGCUGCUGCGUCGGAUGAUGACGGGCGGCGCGUGGGGGGGCGCCGACAGCGGCCACGACGUCUUCGCGUUUCACGAGUGGAUGCGGAGCCGCGGGGGAAACGGCUUCGUAACGGCCGGCGGCGAAAACGCGAUGGGGGGCAUGACGUACGAGCAGAUGAUGGCGCUGGCGGAGCGGCUGGGCGCGGUGAGCGCGGGGGUGAGCGCCGACGUGAUCGACGCCAUGCCCGCGUGGACCUAUCACUCGCCGACACCUGGCGCAAUGGACCCGAGUGGUUCGCCGGGUGGUGGACCCGAGCACGAAUGUUCCCAGGUUCCGUGCUGCAGCGUGUGUCUGUGCGACGCGGAGGACGGGGACGCGAUGCGGACGCUGCCGUGCAUGCAUGUGUACCACGCGGAUUGCAUCGAUAAGUGGCUCGGGGAGCACUCGACGUGCCCGAUUUGCAAGCACGACGUUCGGGAGGGGUCGGCGGUGAGGACGUAG